AUGAAGUCACAUUACCUUCUUUCACUUCUGCCCUACCUUGGCAGCGGAGUGGUCGCAUUCCCCGCCUACCUUAAUGAGGCUCUCAAAAACGGUGCUGACUCGGAGCUCUCAGAGCAGCUGGCCGGCGUCUUCCAUGAGACCCACGAGAAGAGGCUCCUCUUCGACCCGAUGACCACCCCGAUCGAUGUGGCCGGCGAGCACAGGUUCAUUCCGCCAAAUUUUGAAAAGGGCGACCAGCGUGGCCCCUGCCCGGGUCUGAAUGCCCUCGCGAACCAUGGCUACAUCAGCCGGGACGGAGUGACCGGCAUCGCAGAGGUCACGGGAGCCAUCAACCGGGUCUUCGGGAUGGGCAUCGACAUUGCGGCGAUUUUGGGUAUCUUGGGCACCGUCUUUGUGGGAAACCCUCUGUCGGUCAACCCCGGCUUCUCCAUCGGCGACGUCUCCCGUUCGUCGAACAACAUCCUCGACAACGUCUUUGGGCUUCUCGGCGCGCCCCGGGGCCUCAAUGGCUCUCACAACAUCAUCGAGGGCGACGCAUCCCUCACGCGGGCCGACCUGUACAUGACGGGAGACGCCUCGACAAUGGUCAUGGAUCAGUUUCAGGCGCUUUACGACAUGUCGCCCGGCGAAGGUGACUACAACAUGGACCUCUUCGGCGAGCGGUCUUCCAUCCGCUUCAGAGAAUCCAUUGAAACCAACCCCAACUUCUACUACGGCCCUUUCACCGGCAUGAUCGCUCGCAACGCAGCCUACUUUUUCGCCUGCCGCAUGUUUUCAAACUACUCUUCCGAGAACCCUGACGGUGUCCUCAAUAAGGAAACCCUCAAGAGUUUCUUCGCCGUGCAGGGCGAAGAGGGGAAUCUCACGUACAACCGCGGCUGGGAAAGGAUCCCGGAGAACUGGUAUCGUAUGCCAGUCGACUACACCUUGGUCCAUUUGAACUUGGACCUCGUUGCUUUGAUUUUGAAGCACCCCGAGUUGGGGAGCAUCGGAGGCAAUAUGGGGGAGAUCAACAGCUUCGCUGGAGUCAACCUUGGCGACCUCACGGGUGGCGUCCUGAGCCUCUCCAAGCUCCUGGAAGGCAACAACCUGCUGUGCUUCGUCUUCGAAAUUCUCAAGACAGUCUCGCCAAACUCCCUGUCUACCAUUUUUACAAUCAUCGAAAAGCCUCUCAGCAUGGUCACCGACGCUCUUGGAACGGCCUUGCUGAACCUUUCUUGCCCCGCUUUCAAAGACAUGCAGGUGGGAGGCCACAGUCUUGACGAAGGUCUCAAGGCUCAGUACCCUGGUGCUCGCAUGUCUGACAAUGUUCUUUGA